AUGGGUCAAAUCGCUCAGCAACUAGCUUCGAGUUCUCAAGCACAAGGUGCUCUACGUAGUGCAACCGUGACAAAUCCUAGAGAGCAUAAUAAUGUGAGCAUGGUGACAACAAGAAGUGGUCAAUCGGAUGAAGUUAUCGAGGAAGUGGAUGAAGAGGAAAACCAAUUGAUCGAAGUGGUCCUUGAGAUCAAAGGAAAUGAAGUUGUUAGGGAAGAAGUGGUAGCACCGAAACCUAUUGUGAAAGAAACAGUCAUUGAGCCCAAGCUGGUUGUUAAGCUUCCCUUCCCCACUAGAAACAAGAAAAAAGGACAACAUGAGAAAAACUUUGAAAAAUUCCUAGAGUUAUUCAAGAAGCUGGAGAUUAACAUUCCUUUAUUGGAGGGUAUGAAGAUUCCGAUAAAGAAGAAAGAUCGAGGAGCUGUCACUAUCCCGUGUACUAUUGGAGAUGGGUCGUUCAACAAAGCUCUUAUUGAUAUGGGAGAUAGUGUGAGUCUCAUGUUGUCACCCAUUUACAAGAAGUUUGGUAUAGGGGUUAUGCAAGAUACCAGGAUGACACUCCAAUUCGUUGAUCAUUCGGUUAAGAAACCGUAUGGCAUUGUCGAAGAUGUUCUGGUGAAAAUUGAGAAGUAUGUAUUUAUGGUGGAUUUUGUAAUUCUUGAAAUGCCGGAAGAUGAAGAUAUCCCUCUCAUUCUGGGGAGGCCCUUUUUGGAAACUGGGCGGUGCUUGAUAAACAUAGAAGAAGGAACAAUGACGUUGAAGGUUUAUGAUGAGGAAUUGAAAAUCAAUGUUCGAAACACCAUGAGGUACAAGGAUGAUAUUUGUACCAAUCACACUAUAGAGGUUUUGGAUCAGGUGACGACAUAUGAUAAUCCUUUGAAUACACCACAAUCACCUUUGGAAAGAGUGUUUAGUUUGUCCAUUUUCGAUUCGGAUAAAGAGGUGGACAACGGGGAAUCUGAAGUGCUAGCCUUGUUGGACGCACAACCCCCGUGGAAAGGAUCUCGACCACGUCGGUGGGAGGACUUACGCCUACCUCAAUCUAGUGAGGAUAAUGAAGAAUCAAAGAAAGAAACAGAGUUGAAACAACUUCCUGAUAAUCUUAAAUAUGUCUUUCUCGAACCUGAAGGAAAAUGCCCGAUUAUCAUAAACUCGAGCCUUCAGAAUAUCCAAGAAGAAAAACUCAUCCAAGUCUUAAAAAAAUUUAAAAAAUUCUAUUGGAUGGGCAAUUGA